UUGACUGGAACAGACAGGAGUCAAAACCACGGAGAUAAUCAUGUUUGUUUUCUUAAUUAUCUCCACACUAAUACCAGGUUAUGUGCGAUUUGUCCGUUGAGUAGCACAUCAGUCAGUCGAACACUGUUCGAGUGUGAAAUAUUGGAAAUGUAGCUUCAUUGUAUUGUGUUUGCUUGUGUCAGCGCCGAUGGCAGGACCCAAGCUACAACAACAACAACGUCAGUGGUGACAAGGACGGAGACUAGCUUGAUACAGAACGGUCAUUCUUCAGGCUUCUACUCUAUACUGAGUUAACUCAAAUAACAAGCAUGGCAACGAUUGAAAAGUUGGUGAAGGCCUUUGAAGGACUGAAGGUCUUUCAACCAAUGGGACUGACAGUGGAAGAUGUUACCAAGAAAAAAGACCAACCACCGACAAAGAAAGAAAAGACACAACACUGUAACAUGGUAGCUGACUGCAUUUGUGCACCCAACAUGAGGUCCAUCCCUGAUUUCCCCAAGUUUUUGGGAAUUGCCAUGGAAGCAUUUCUGACAUUGUGUGAUGACACUGAAGCAGAUGUCAGAAUGGUGGCUGAUGAGUGUCUGAACAGAACUAUCAAGACAUUACUGGAAACAAACCUGGGUCGCCUCCAGGUGGAGCUAUAUAAGGAGGUGAAAAAGAAUGGUCCCUCUCGCACCCUGAGGGCUGCCCUGUGGAGGUUUGCAGACAUGUGUCAUCUUAUCAGGCCCCAGAAGUGCAGACCAUACAUUGUGAACCUGAUGCCGUGCAUAGGACGUAUCUGUAGACGAGAAGAGGAGGCCAUUCAAGAGACACUGUCGACAGCCAUGCUGAAAAUCUGCCCAGUCCUCAUGAGCUUUGCAAAUGAUGCUGAGGUCAAGUCCUUGCUACGGGCAUUUCUACCCAACCUUGGAUCUGCAACGGCUGUCACUCGACGGACAGCAGCCACUAGUCUGUCGGCAAUGUGUCAGUACUCUCGCAGCCCUAACUUCUUCUCCAAGUGGCUACUGGAGGCUCUCAUGGGCUCACUGUUACCGGCCAGCCAGGACUAUGAGGUACCUAAGUUACUAGGUGUGAUACAGUGUCUCCGCUACCUGCUACCCCUCAUUGUAAAUCCGGAUGUGAAAGACGAGGGUAUGAAGGGCAGUUUUGGGGUUAUGAGGUCAGAACGAGAGGCCACAGUGACCAUUGAACAACUACUGCAGGUUUAUGAGUUGCUCCUGUACCAUGCCAGACACCGAGACCACAAUGUGGUGACGGCGUCACUGGAGGCCCUGCAGCAGUUACUGCGUCGCCCCCACCCUCAGCUCUUACCCAUACUCAGCAGUUCUAACACCAUCACAACCUCCACAAUAUACGACGAUCAGAACAAGACACUGGGCAGAGGCAGGUCUGAUAGUAAUUUUGCGGGCUUGCCGUCAACCGCCGAGGACCUGGAGGAUGACAUGGACUCAGAGGCAGGCUCUGCAGAGCAGGGGUCAACUGUGCUGCAGGAGACAGAAUCUGGUGAGGCUUCUGAGGAAGGGGAGGAAGUGCAGAAAACGAUGGAUGGUGAUGGUGAUGAUGACGAGAACACAGAGACAGUGGGAGACGACCCGCCUGUGUUUAUGCUCAACGACUCACAGUACUCUAACGUGGAGAUUGGGGAUGUGAAUGAGGACAAGUCAGAGCGCUCCGAGAAGUCCCAGUUGUCUCACAGCAGCAGUCAAGACACGCUGCUGAGCAUACGCAGUCUGAGCCCCAAGCGGGUGCCCUCUCUACGUCAGGGGCUGGGUGAAGACAUGAAUGGUAAUCCAGAGUAUGAUCCUGACUGUGAUAAUAACCUGUCUGAACCCUCGUCCCCUUAUCCAGGGGGGCGCUCCAUCGUCGUGCUCGGGGACAUCGGAACCUUUGUGGAUGGGGAAGUCCCGUUCCUUUACUGCACCCGUCUGCUGUGUCAACAGUUUUUAUCUGGACAGAAAGGGGAGUUAAUCCCAGACAAAGCAGUUCGGAUCAGCAGCAAGUCCUUGGCUCUCAGCUGUAUAUCCAAUAUCACCACUAUGUAUCCUACAGUAUUCUUCUACCGUCUCUUUGUCAGUGGAGAAACAGACAACCAAAAUCUGCAGGACAUCCUGUUGUAUGCCAAGCACUCAGACCCCCAGCUGAAGGGACAGACUGCUCAGAUCAUAGGAAACUACUUGCAGGCAGCACACCUGGCUGGAGGGGGUAGCUUUCAACAAUGGAACAACUCUGUCACAGUCACUGAUGCCCCAGGUAAGAGGCACAACUCUGUGAAAGUCACUUAUGCCCCAGGUAACAGACACAACUCUGUGACAGUCACUGAUGCCCCAGGUAAAAAGCACAACUCUGUGACAGUCAUUUAUGACUCAGGUAACAGGCACAACUCUGUGACAGUCACUAAUUCCCCCGGUAAGAAGCACAACUCUGUCACGGUCACUGAUGCCCCAGCCUUAAGCCUGGACGAGUUGCUGGCUUUAAUGACGAGUAUCAUAGAAGAUGAGUCCAGUAUGGCUGCCAGGAUGGGUCUGGUGGCUUUUAAGCUCUGCCUGCCUGACCUUCUGAGGAGCAGUCAGUGCCACAGAGCCCUGCAGGUGCUCCUCAAGCUGCUAGAGCUUCAACACAACCCUUACUGGCUGGUUAAGGUUGAACUGUUGGAACUUUUGGGUGACAUCAAUUUUAAAAUUAUCUGUUAUCUGGAGACAGCUGUGACCAAAUUCAGUGAUGAAAUGGGACAGUGUAUAGGAGAACUCCACAUUCAGGAGCGGGUGUUACAUGAUGUAAUACUGAUCCUGCUAGGAGAUGAAGACAGCAGAGUGCGGCAUUCAGCGGCGUCCAUGCUCGUCAGAGAAGAAAGCAUAGAUUUAUGCCCAGGACUGUUCUACAAGGCAGAUAACCCACAGGAGAGCCCUGUCAUUGGAUCGGCAAAGGAAAUGGCGGAGAAUUUCCUAUCACCUAUCAUCUAUGAAUGGUCAGAUGAGUUGCCCCCCUUGGUCUUAGGACUGCUGCGCCCCUACGACUACGACACUAAACACCAUCCUCCAGUUGACAUAGAGUCUAAUUUAUCACGGAUCAUUAGCGUCAUUGUGCAGAAGUUAAACAAAUCACACUCCAAGUAUUUAACAUAUGGAUGCUGCCAUGCCCUUAGCCUCUUGGUGGAUGCCUACAUGGUGACACAGUACCCCCACUCGUGGGGCUGUGGCCCUCCCAUGGCACUGUCUGCUCGGGAUAGCCCGAGGGGCCCCAUGAAGAAGCCCUCCCGCAGGUCUUUAAGUACUUCCAGGCAUGUGUCAUGUGAUGAUGUUGCAUUGAGUGCCCCAGUUACGAUCAGUUUUGAUGAGUUUGGGACGGGCUCGGGUGGCGGACCCUUGUCGAUCAUCCUGUCCGUGCUGACUUCCUCCUCCAUUAGCCUUGACCUGUCCACACACCAGGAUGCUCUACAUGUGGCUGGACAUUUGUUUGCUGGAGCAGCUUACAAGUGUCUGCGACCUGCGGAGGAGACCAUCAGCUCUAACAAGACGUCUGAGGAGGGGUCAUGGAGAGCCCUGAGUGACCGGAUAUUGGCCGCUAAGGCUGACCACCUCCUUUCUCAUGUAGCUAAGUUGUUAAAUGCCUGUACCCACGUGAUAGAUGAGGUGACCCCUGGGCCUCCUCAGAUGAAGCCCUCCCUACCCUCCUUGCCAACCGCCCCCUCUCUCAGCCCUAUUAAACGACGUGCCAAAGGUGACAAGGAUGCCUCCAAUCAGAACAGUCCCUCAUCCACCCCUGAUGGCAAAAACACACCAAAACAAACGAACAAAGAAAAAGAUAAAGAUUCAGACAAGGAAAAGAACAAAAAAGAUGGUAUAGGCACAUUUUACAACCUGCCCCAUUAUAUGAAGCUCCAUGAAGUGUUAAAAGGAGCAUACUCUAAUUACAAGAUAUCCCUGGACCUGAACAGCUCGGACAAAUUCUGCUCUCUGCUGCGCACAGCCCUGAUGGUCUUCUCUCAGAUCCUGGAGGUAACCAGUUUGCAGGAGGUUGGGAAACAUGCUGAUGAGCUGCUGGCUUACAUGAAGAGCACUGUUCUGAUAGAGGCCACAGGCACUGUUCUGUGUGUGCAGCAGUUGCUGAAAGCACUUUUUGGUACAAACCUGGCCACACAGUGGGAGCCCCCUUCCUCCCCAUCAAGCUCGGGCAAACCUGGUAAAGCCACCCGUCUCUCGGCCAACAUCCGCCCUGGCCUGUACCACAGCUGUUUCACAACGCCCUACACCCACUUUACCCAGUCGCUGGCUGGAGCGACCUUCAAAGCCACCACACAGAUGGACCAGGAGGACAAUUCCAGUCCUCUGAGCUGGUUGAGGAAACGUGUGGAGAGGAAAAUACCUGCCAUUUUAAGACCCAGUAGUAAAGCUGACAAGAAUGCCAUCACCUCAUAUAUCCGCCUGUUUGAACCACUGGUGAUCAAAGCUCUGAAGCAGUACACAGUGACAAGUUCUGUAGAGUUACAGACACAAGUCUUGGACCUCCUGUCACAGCUUAUACAGCUCAGGGUCAACUACUGUCUGUUAGAUUCAGACCAGAUAUUCAUUGGAUUUGUGAUAAAGCAGUUUGAAUUUAUUGAAGAAGGACAAAUAAGAUCGUCAGAACUGAUCAUUCCUCACAUCUUCCAGUUUCUGGUGAUAUUGUCCUAUGAGAAAUUCCACACUAAAUCCAUCAUUGGUGUGCCUAAGAUAAUCCAGUUGUGUGAUGGGAUAAUGGCCAGUGGACAGCAGGCUACGACUCACGUGAUUCCGGCCUUGCGUCCCAUUGUCCAUGACCUUUUCCUACUGAGGGGUAGUAACAAAGGAGAAGGGGGCAAAGAACUGGACACCCAGAGAGAAGUUGUUGUGUCUAUGUUACUUAGGCUCAUCAGCUACUACCAGGUCUUGGAGCUUUUGACAGUGGUGUUACACCAGUACCACAAAGAAGGAGAGGAUAAAUGGAAGAGGCUCUCUCGUCAAGUCACCGACCUUGUUCUGCCUCUGCUUACCAAGCAACAGGUGAACCUGGACUGUCGGAUGUCUGUGGAUGUUCUACACCGCCUGUUUGAGUCAGUGGCCCCUAGUGUGUUCAGACCAGUGGACAGCUUAUUGAAGGCCUUGUUUUGUUCCCCUCAGGACCUUAACCAGACAGUAAACUCUCAGAGAUGGGUGGGACUGAUCCUAGCUGUCCUCAGAGUCUUAAUAUCACAAUCAAAGGAAGAGGUCAUCCUGUCAAGGUUACAAGAGCUCCACCUGGUGGUGACCCUGUUCACUGACACAGGACAGGGAGAAAACUCUCCUAUAGAUGACAGUGGUUCUGAUCAGCCACCAGAAGAAGUUUUAGCUUGGUAUAUCCUGCAGGUUGUGGGCUCCAUAUCUGAUGUGAUCAGAGAUAAGUGCUGUAGUCUAUCAGCUGGCAGGAAGGACUGUCUAGCUGUGUGUCAGGGACUAGCCCAUCUACUCCUCUACCUUACACACAUGUUCCAGUCAGGGCUCUUCCGUCGUGUGGCUACUGCAGCAAUGCGUGUGAUCCACCAGGCGACCCCACCUGGGUACUUUAGUAUCCAGCAGGUGAACGCUCAUUUCCGCAGUCUGGGGGUGUACUACCCCACCCUUACGCUCCAGUGGUGUAACAUACUUAUACUGCUCAACUACGAUGACCAGGAAUGGUGGGCAUCUGUGAUGGCCACUCCAAAAAAAUACAUGCUCUCUAGUCAAAGUCUUGCCAAUGGUAACCACCUAGAGCCCAACCCUGCCCCGUACAAGUGCUUCAGCUCGGAGAUCAUCAGAAGGGGCAGCCUCAUCUUGUUCUGUGAUUAUGUGUGUGAAAAUUUGACUGAUGCCGAUCACAUGAUUUGGGUCAUAAUAAACCAUGUGAAUGAGCUGAUUGAGCUAUCCCAUGAGCCUCCUGUUCAAGAUUUUAUAAGUGCUGUACAUCGUAACUCGGCGGCUAGUGGGUUAUUUAUACAAGCUAUACAUGCACGGUGUGAUAACUUUACAAAGCCUGCCCAGAUGAAGAGAAGCCUGCAGUGUCUGGAGGCCAUCCACCUGUCCCAGAGUGGAACCCUCCUGACCCUCCUCAUAGACAAGUUCCUCAACACCCACCACUUGGCCGUCGCCCGCUUCUGCCACACCAUCGCCUGUCGCAGGGUGGAGAUGCUGCUGGCGGAAAACUUGGAGGACAGCACGUCCCAGCUGCCACUGGAGGAUUUAGAAAAACUGUUACAGUUUAUGAAGUCCCAUGGGUUGUGUAAAAGACAUGCCCGCCUGGUGUCAUUACUGACAAAGCUGAGAAGUGUAUUUUGUCCAGAGAGCAGUUUGACACUGUCCCCAGAGAAGACCCACCCCCUAGUCCUGACCUCCAGCAAGCUUAGGGACAUCUCAAUCAAUAAGGAAUGGUUCAUCUCAAUAGUGAAAGAGCAGUGUUUCCGUGCCAAUCCAGACUCAAGGGAGUGUGCACGGCUAUUACAACGGCUGGAGUAUGCCGACACUUUGGCUGUGAUAAUGACAAAGGAAUUCCACUUGACAAUCCUGAAGGAGUGUAUAUCGCUGAGCUCGUACAGAACACUGGUGACGUAUAAUCGUAAUCAGGAGCUGCGGGAAGCCAGCCCUGAUAGCGAGACCCAGUCACAACAACCCAUGUUUGACGUUCUAUUCCAAGCCGCUCAGAUGGCCCUCUUUAGACAUAUCAAUAACGUUGUCAUCAUGUUGCCGGCCCCACACCAAGCUCUGGCGUUUGAUCCAAAACUUACACUGAAAGGAUCGCAGUACAGUGUUAGGUUGGAGGAUUUCUUCGUGGACUCGGCUUGGUUAGAGAGUAUUUUACAGAUUGCGGUCACAGUGCUUCAGUAUUUACAAUCCUUGUCACAGUUUCCAUGGCAACCAGCAGUUCCCAUGGAGUCACGAUCAGACAUCUGCAGAUUUUGCUUGCUUUGCCUUGAGUUGAUCCACUGGCAGUUGUCCACCAAUCACCUACCGUCAACAGAACAGCUAGAGACAGCCAUCCAGUGUAUGGCAGCGUGUUUACAGAGCCCUCACUUGGCGGCGGUCUUCUGUGAGCCAGAACAUUACCUUUGGAGCUGCUCUGUGAUUGGUGUUAUCCGCCAGAUACUCAGUGCUUUGGUGGUACGGCCAGGAGAGAGGUUAGCUGUGUUGCCUAAUCAGGAUCAUGGGGAGGAGCCUCACACACCGCCUUAUGAUGACUCAUACUACUACAUCCGUGCCUGUGAUGAGACGUCAGAGCUGCUGCACUGUCUGAAGACCUGCCUCUCCCAGUCAGAUGGGGAACAGGGCCGGAUACCUGACUGUCUGCGUCUGCCCAUCAGAGUUAUUGUUAUAGGUUUGGCACGGUUACCUGUGGUGAACACCUACGCUCGGACCCCACCCCUGGUCUGGAGAAUGGGCUGGAUGCCUGUGGCUGGUGGGGAAACAAAGACACGCCUUCCUCCCAUCCCCCUGGAGUACAUCCAAGACAAAGAAGUUCUCAGGGAGUUCAUCUUCAGAGCUCUAUCUAUAGGCUGGAUCAGCCGACAGCAGUUUGAGGAGACCUGGAUGGCCUUACUGGGUGUCCUCACCCCACUGGCUCCUGAGCAGGACCACCGCAUAGCUCCUGAGGAAGAUGUGGAGAGGACUCAGUCCAUGGUUUUAGCUGUGCGUGCAAUCACAGGUCUAUUAGUACAGUCUGGCCUCCACCCUCAGCCUGGUAACCCAUCCAACAGUGGCUAUGAGGUGUUGCCCAGGGACAAACCACUGGCUAUUCUACACACACGAUGUGGGAAGAAAUUAGCCAUGGUACGAGGUCUUGUGGAGAGAGAGCUGAGAAAUCUGUGUACUAAACGGUGCAUGAAGCAAUGUUGCAGUGUUAUCUGGGUAUCCAUAGAGACUAUCUGGACAAUGAUUGGCUUGUUGGAUAUAAGUGCCUCAGAGUCGGAGUCUGAGGAGUCCAGCGGGAGUCCGCCGAAACAGCCUGCUCAAACAUCCACCACCCCAUCUCCGGAGAACAAAGCCAGUGUGAGUGGGCUGGACAUUCACUCCUGUCUACAGCUAUUGCUGGACCUGUAUGGGCAGUGGCUGGCGCCCAAUGCUAACCCCAAAACACCACUCAUGCUGCUCAAUGCUGUCGUCAAGUCUGUUGUUUGCCUGUCGGACCUGUUCUCUGAAGUACAGCAGUACGAGUGGAUGUUGUCAUUGUUGUUAGACGUCCUCAAGUCCCACCCUGUGGAGGAUGAACUGGUGAACCAGUAUCUCAUUGUGGGCAUCUGUAAAUCCUCAGCUGUCUGUGGCACUCCCGAUUCUUCUGUGACAGAGAAAAUAGUGAAGGUUUUAGAUGCUGGCCUCAAGAAUACACACCUGCCAAGUAAAGUUACUUCCCUUCAUGGGAUUCUUUACAUUCUGGAGGCAGGAAUGUCUGAUCUGACCAAGUCUGUCUUAUCCAUGACAACAGAGUUCCUGCUCAAACAGCUCAAUGCUAUUUCACUGGUGUGCAUCACCAGUCACCAGUUCGUGCUUACCCUGUGGGCCACUGCCUUCUAUGUGGUAGAGAACUACAAUGACGAAAUCAAAGAGGGCGAAUUCCAGGCUUCAAUUCUACAGAUGGCUGUGAACACGAUAUCAAAUGGUGAGGAGAACAUAUCUAUGGCCGUGUACCUGGCCUUGUUCCGAGGCCUGGAGAGGCUUUUACUGGCUGAUGUUCUUACAAAGCAGGAUGCAGAUACUCUCCUGAAACUGGCGGUGGACAGGUUGUGCUUACCAAGCCCUGUCAAAGCUCUGCCUGCCUUAGGACUCAUGCUUACCUGCAUGUACACAGUGUGGGGUGAGAUCCCUGAGGACAAACGCGUAGCUCCUGUGGCUAAGGAGGAUGAGGAGGAAAAAGGGAAGCAGUUUGACCAGUACAGUCCGGCUCCACGGAACACCAGUCGCUCCUUCUUUGACCACGAUAACGACCCAUUCACCAUUGUCUACCAGGAUCCCGAAUCUCUCAUAUUAGCCAUGGAGAGAGUCACUGUUCUGUUUGACAGGAUCAAGAAAGGCACGCCUUAUGAAGCGCGAGUGAUUACCAGGAUUCUCCCAGCAUUUCUAGCAGACUUCUUCCCACCCCAAGACAUCAUGAACAAAGUGAUUGGUGAAUUUAUAUCCAAUCAACAGCCACACCCACAGCUCAUUGCCAAGGUGGUCUUUCAGGUGUUUAGCUCUCUCCAUCAGACAGCUCAGCACACGCUGGUACAGGACUGGGUCAUGCUGUCUCUCUCUAACUUCACCCAGCGGACGCCGGUUGCCAUGGCUGUGUGGAGCUUAACCUGUUUCCUUAUCAGCGCCUCUACCAACCCCUGGCUAAGGGGACUACUACCACACGUCAUUGGCAGGAUGGGUAAACUGGAAACAGUGGACAGGAAAUUCUUUUGUGUGGCAGCCGUGGACUUCUAUCGUCAGUUGGAUGACGAAGCUAAGAAGCGUGCAUUCUUGUCCACAUUCCAGUCUGUGGCUCAGGCCGACUCUCCAUACAGUGACCUUCUGGCGUGUUUCUCUGGCUUGUAACCAUUAGCCAGCUACAGAAGGUAUAGCUGCAUCACCUGACUUGUGAGCUCACCUCAUCGACUCUUCUGCAGAGACAAGGGCUUUUCUGAUGCUCCAGGAAAGAUCAACAUUUUUAUUGUAGCGCCAAGUUACACAUGCACUAACACUCUUUGCACUGACAGAAGUGUUCAAUAGAUACACUGUAUUGACGGACAGUUUACGCUGUUGCGAGAAUGUGUUUUUUCUAGUCUGUUAACACAUUACCUGUAUAUUAAAUCAGUACUGAGAUUUGUGUAAGUUGGUUUCAGGUGUACAUAUAUUAUUAAAAGUGGAAGUUGUGCGAGACAUGUAACCAGUGAAAGGUACUAGUAUCGUGUAUAAAUAAGAACUUAAUGUCUUUUUUCUUGUCAACUCAUUCAUCUGAUUGGUACACCUUUAUCAGGUAAGAGAAAAGUAUUAUAUGAGUAAAGACAAAUGAUGAAGUGUGUGAAGAAUCCAGAUUCAUGCUUCACUUAUAUUUUGGGCAAAUUCUUGUGUAGAAUCUGAUUGUCUUGUCAUUUUGGUAUGGUUGAUGUAAAUGUAGGCACGAAGACAAAUUUACAGUGUCAAUUUUUAGCUCUUGUCUAACCACAUUGUUGUAUAUGUAGACAGCUGAAAGGGGUUCUUUUAGAUUUUGUACAAAAAGCCUUGACUAAGAUUUGUACUCUUGAUUAGAUGUGUAUUUAAUACCAAAUUUUAAUAAAAAGCAGCUUUUAGUGAUAUACCCAAAGGCAAUUUCAUCAGUGGUAAUUGAUAAGUGUAUACUGGCAUGUACAUGCACAGAUAAUGCUUUAUAGACAGUUAUGAUAUUUUUGGUGAUGAAACUUACAAUUUGCCAGCAGAAUAUCAUCCCGUGUUCUAAGCAAACCUCAAAACACCUUUCUAAAAUCAGUAGAACUCUCAUAAUCAGGAGAAAUGGUGAAGUUAGUCAUGGACGAAAUUUUAUGUCACUUAGGCUAAGUGCAUGUUCCCGAUAGCUGUGAUUUUCCCCCCAAAAGUUGUUGUCGGCUGGCACUAAAGCCCCUCAGUAAGUGGAUGACCCACCUGUUCAAAGACAGAAUGUCAACAUUUUGACUUACCAGCCCAUGUUAGAAGACAUCAUGGUAAAAAUUGUCGAACAAACUGGCAGACAGACAGGUUGACAAAUAGUGCCGCUUGCCUUAGCUAACAGUUGCUUUUAUGGUUUGCAUAUUGUGCCAUACUAAAAGAAAACAUAUCACACACAUGAGUUGCCCUAUGGCUGGUUUGAAACAUAACUUAACAAGGUUUACCACCAGAGAGCAUCAAUAGAUAUACAUUAUCACAAAUACCGUAUUUCCAAAGCUGCUGGAGGUAAUCACUGUUGUCUAUGGCAAACUGCAUGCCUGGUAUAUGAGAGUAAAUUUACAUAGAGUAAAUACUCGUUAAAGCAAUGAGAACUUGUCAGGUUAUAUAGAAUGCACGUGCAGAUUUAAUUGAUGUGUGCUGGCAUAUCUUACAUUAUGUGGUACAGUCACGUGUAUUCUGUCAUGUACAUGCAAACCUGGUCUGUUGUAGAUUCAUAUGAAAAAAAAAUGUUUACAUGAAGAAUAUCAAUGGGAAUGUAUAUUAUACUUUUAAUGUAGUUAAUAGACAUUUGAUCAUUCGCAUUCAGAAGAAAUUUUUAAACUCAUCAGAGACUUUCGUUUAAAUUUACAAUGUGCAGUACAUAUAUAUGUACAUAAAGACUUGAUGUAGUAUGCACUUGGUGGUAUACUGACUUGCUUAGAUGUAUGAUGGGGUUUUCUUGUGAGAGUGAGUGUAUGUUAAGCAUUGUCAUUACUGGAUUAUAAAGUGCUUACUAUAUUGAGUGUUCAUUUGGAGACUACCUAUACAUGUAGGCGUACAGAUCAUUCAGAAAACUUCAGUUAUGAGUAAAGUGAUUUUAGUUGGAUGAAAAUGAUGGAAGAACAUAAUCUUUGUAGACUGUCACCUUGUUAUGUCUAGGUACAUUUAAAAUUUUAAAUUAAAUACAAAUUGCAAUUUUCUCUCUAUUUUUGUCUUUGACCAACAUCAAAACUGUGUUGCAAAGGUGGUUUCAGUAAGUUUGCAUGUAUAUUGUAUUCAUUUUGUUUGUCACUUAACAGUUGUUGUUUAUUUAUUUAUUUACUUACAUGAACAUGCAUGUAGUACUAAAAUGUAUUGUUUUGAUCAGAUUUAUUCAUUUAUUUCACUUGCCAUUUGGAAAUGUAACCGUAGAGUAAGGGGCAAAGUGUGUGAGGUGUAUGCAAAAUAUGGGUUCAGAACUUCAGGACCUGGUACGGUAAGAUGGAGAAUCAGCCCCAGAGAGGUACAAUUAGAAAGUUCAAAUUUCAAGGUGUUGGCACAAUUCUGUAAAUUUAUGAAUCAGAAGUACAAAACUUGGUCGAAGCACUCAUGAAAGUUAUAUGGCCAUAAAAGAGAUGGUUGCUUAGUAAUAACCCUCCAGAAAUGCACUCUUGAUCAAAAACACCAGUUUUGCGAUCAAACUAGCCACUGUGUUUUUUAUUCACAGGAUGAAGAUCAACGUUAACCAGAAAAAUAUCUUUACAGAAACUUUCCUGUGUCUUUCUACAUGUUGUUAAAGUUUCCUUUUGGUUAACAUUUGUCGAUAUAUGUGAAAAAUGAACUUUAUAAUGUGAUCAGUUCUGUCAUACUUUGGCAACUUUAAAAUCCGUAUUUCUGCCAUAGUCUGUCAAGCAUCCUUCAUAGUACAGUGAACUAAGUAAGUCUCUCUGGAUAACAGGUUUUACCAGGAGGAAGAGUUCGAAUCUUUGUGGGGUUUUUUUUUCUUUGGCAACAUAUUUUUUGUGCGAGUAAAGAUGUAUGAUGCAUUGCAUUUAAUAAGUGUUAUCAUGAAUUAAAAUGGAUGCUUGUUAAGACAUGGUAUAAGUAAUGUGUGGCACCUAUAGCAAACUCAUACAUGACUCCUGGUUGAGAGCACAUGUGGUCCUCUAGCAAUCCUUAACAUUAACAUGUAAUGCAUAGCGAAAGUAUAAGGCUGAACAUUCAUGAUAUAUUUAAUUGAUUGGUGCAUAACUGCGUGCUCAAGCAUUUUUCAGAAAGUCACAUGUUUGGUGCAGUGAUUUUCCCAUAAUACAGUGUCUAAUGCAAAAAAAGGUACUUCAGUGUGACUGGAGCAGGCUAUCUAUUUUUCGUUUUUAUGAGCUACACAUUGCUUCAGUGCAUUCUUGCUAUACAACAGGAAAAGGAAAGUAAAACAGAACUGAAGAAAUAGCCUUACAAGUGUGUAGCAGCUGUCACUCACAGCUAUAGUCAGUUUCGCUUUUUGAGGUGCACAGUUCCUGCCUUACCAUACCAGGUCCUUUCUUGAAUCAGGUAAAUUGUUAUCCUUUUUUGGCAUUGCUUUGCUGGUAUGUUUGUUGAGGUUAGGUGUGAGCUGAAAUAUUUCUUUCAUAGAGAUUGAACUCUUGGAGACAUCACACAAUCAUUUUGCAUUCGUCCUAACCCCUCCAUGUGCAAGAUCCGAUGUGAAUAAAAUUUUAGCUCAUUUCUGACAUUCCAUCAUGUCCAUUAGUUCUUGUUAACAUACCUGUAUUUCAGACUUCUGGGUUGAUUUACAUAUUUGUGUGUCAGGAAUGCUGUUAGUUGACUGGUUAGGUAUCCACCAUCCAUAAAACUGACUGCCAUUCUGAGAAAUUGGGCCAUCUCGAUUUACAUUUUAGAAAAUCACAUGGUGUGUAAAUUUAUGAAUUAUUCAAAUCUUCGUACAUUUUUUGAAAUGCUGAAAUUGACAGUUGACCAUUAAACUGAGAUAUGAAUUACAUUCUGUCCUCAGAGUGCAACAAAGUUACAUGCACAUCAAAAUACUAAAACAGCAUACCAGGUGUAAACUGUUGGCUCCAAGUUUUUAGGUGAUGGUUUUGCAACCGUUUACAACUGAGAAAAUUAAUUGUGUCUCAGAAUGAAUAGGAGGUGUACAGGUAGAAUUUGAUGCAGCUGUAUAUGAUAUAGUCUCUGUAAACUCUGUGUGUGUGUGUGGGUGUAUACCUGUUCAUGUACAUAAACUUUGUAUAUAGAGAAACUUCCAUUCAGAAUAAGUGAUCUCAGAUUAAACAAAAUGUUAAGGUCAUCAUUCCAUUGUUUUUUAUUGAUGUAUGUGUUCAUAUACGUGUGCUUGUAUAUUUUUACCAAUCCCAAUUGGAUGAACUUUCCAGCUCAUAUUUUGUUGAGAUUGAGAUGUUAACACUGCAUAAUUGGUAUGUACCAGUAAAUCUGUGACUGACCAGAAUUUGCAUAGGAAAAAAGGACCUGGCUUAGAGAUAGAUUGGGCAUUUGUGAGAGAAAUUUUCAGUCCAUUUCAUCUUCAAGUCCACUUGAAGGGGGGGGGGGGGAUAAAACAGCUUCUAAAUCGACUACACUUUCUGGUUAUAAUAUGUUCCUAAGCGUCAUGGUAAUUUAAGUUCAGAUGUGUAUGUACCGAACAAUCUGGACUGUCUUUUAAAUAAUUACCUGUCAUACUAUGAAGUUUAAUUUCUCAAAGAGCAGUACAUGGUUCUGUAUUACCUUAAGGGUACUCGGUGGAUUUUAUAACUGUGAAAUGUUAUUUUAUGUAAAAUAGCGACCUCCCUCAGUAUGUCUUUUUGAGUUGUUUAGAAAAGAAGGCAUGUAUAAUUCACAUAUUAAACAAUUUCAGUCAUAAUUUGACAACUUUUUUUUUGGGCGGUUACAUUAUAAUACAUUGUAUAGCGUGUUGUAAAUGAAUAAUGUAGUACUCAAAUAAACAUAAUAA